UUUUUUAAAAGAUAAACGUAUAAAUGUCUCCCAUCUUUUACCCUUUGGGUUGAAUUUAUGGGACAACCAAAUUUAGUUUUAAUUUGAAAACAAAUAAAAUACUAUUCCUUUAAAGACUGAAAUUUAAAAAUUCCAAAUCAACUAUAUAAAUAAGUAUUGAUAUUUUAAUUUUUUCUAUAUUAAUAUCUACAUUUUUCAGAAGUUGCUUUGGCCACAUUUAUUACUUUACUAAAUUUAAAAUUGUCUCUUGGCUCCAUUAAUAAGCUAUCUUUUGGCCAUAUAUAUUGAGACUGAAUAUUAUUAUUUAUCAACCAUUGCAUUGUCAUUCACCAAGAAACAACAUGGAUAACUCAAAGUCAUAUAUGUUACUUUGUAUUGGUCUUUUUGUUAUUCUAUGUUCUCAAGUUCUAGCUUAUAAUGAUCCCGUACCCCCUAUCUGUGAUGGGGAACUAUAUUAUCACAAGGAUCUAGUUUACGAGAAGAUUCCAAUAAUUGAUGGACCACCAGAUGUCCAAAAUGAUAAUGAUUCUCCAACUGAUGAGACACCAGCUUUUCAAAAUGAUCAAUAUUCCAAUGAUUCACCAAAAACUGAUGCGGUAUCAGAUAAUUAUCAUUAUACUCCAUAUCACUAUGAUUUUCCCUCUGAAAGGCCACCAUUAUUCAACAAUAUUCAAGAAUCUAAUGAUUUUCCAACAACCGAUGAGACAGCAGCUUUUAAAAAUGACCAACAUGCCAAUGAUUCUCCAACAACUGAUGCGAUAUCAGAUUUUUAUCAUGAUACUCCAUAUCACUAUGAAUUUCCCUCUGAUAGGACACCAUAUUUCAACAAUAUUCAAGAUUCUAAUGAUUCUCCAAAAACUGAUGAAACACCCGCUUUCAAAAAUGAUCAAUAUUCCAAUGAUUCUCCAACAACUGAUGCGGUACCAGAUGUUGAUCAUAAUAAUCCAUAUUAUUACUAUGAAUUUCCCUUUGAAGUGGCACCACCAUUAUUCAGCAAUAUUCAAGAAACUAAUGAUUCUCCAACAACCGAUGAAGCACCAGAUUUUCAAAAGAUUCAAUAUUCCACUGAUACUUCAACAAUUGAUUCCACACUGAAUAAUCAAAUUAUCUUCGAUUACACGGAUCCUCCGGUCCAAGACGAUGAUGGACCCAUUAUUGAGGAUGAAACCGUGACUACAAAGAAGAAUGAUAUCACUACCUCAGAGUCAGAAAAAGGUGAGGCCAAUAAAGAAGCUAAUUGGGUAUAUUUACAUGCAAAAUAUCCUUGGAUGAAAAAGAAUGUACCUAAAAGUACUACUGGAACCCGAAAAUUACUCAAUGAUGUCGCCAAUAACUAGCGUGGAUAGUUUCGGCAGCAUGAUGCUUAAUAUAAUGAUGCCUCCAGAGCUGAUUGGAGGACUUUCCUAUACCAAAUAAGAAUGAAAUAAUGUUGUUUUAAGAAAAUAAUAAUCAAAAUCAACCAGCUAGCAAUAUAUAUAUGGUUAAACAAUAAGGAUGAGUACACUCUGCUUUUAAUUUGUUAUAUAUUCUGCAAACUUAUGAAUACUAAUGAGUUGCUAUAUGCUUCCAAAUAAUAAGUAAACUUGUGAAUACUAAAGAGUUGCUAUAUACUUCCAAAUAAUAAGUUAAGUGGUUUUAUAAUACCAAUAAAUCAUAAAUACUCCCUUUUCUAUUA